AUGAAUGACAGUAAAGCUAAGAAACAACCAAAAAAUCCUGCUGAAAGAAAAUUAAAUAGUUCAAAUUCAUUAAUUUUAAGAAGUUUGGCAUUAGUUUGGUUAUUAUUUCAAGAAUGUAAUUAUGUUAUUGUUAUCGAUAAACAAAAAAGAAAUGGAGUCAAAGGAUUAUCACAUAUCAUUAUAAAUAAAAUAUUUGAUUCAAAUUUUACAUUAAUUUUUGAUAGUAAUCGAACUAAUACAGGAUCUUGUAAAGAUCGUUCUAGAUAUUGUUCUUCAAAGGCGAUAAAAGUAAUGGUUUCUUCAUUAAUAAAAGAAGGAUAUGUUUUUGAUUCUUAUAUUAAGAAAUUCUCUUCUAAAAAAGUUAAUGGGGAAGUUAUUCCUCCUGCAAUUAAAUUAAAAACAAUUACCAAACAUUUAAAUAGCGAUUCAACUAUUAUAUAUACUACAGAAGAUAUUGAACAAAAAAUUGGAAUGGGAUGUUAUAAUAAACUUAUGUAUUUAUUUGAACGAAAUACAGAAUUAAGAAAAAUAGUAUUAUCUUCAUUUACAAUUAAUGACGACCAAAAAUUAAAACUUCAAAUCAAACAAGAGAAUGUUUAUUAUUAUGCAAAUGAUGACUCUGAAACUGAAGAACUUGAACCAAAAGAAAAUGGAUGA